AUGUCUGCCCAUCGUCCCUUCCCUCUGCACAGCGUGCUCAAGUCUCUGCUUGAGAACCCGCCCAGCGCUCGGCAAGCGGAGCCAGGAGAAAAGGCAAAGUUCAUCGACGGAGAUGAAGAGGACCCCAGGGGCCACCUCGGGGUCUCGGCCUUCUUUGGACCCACGCUCUGGGACAAGACGCUGCCCUACGACGACAGCUUCCAGCUCGAGUACAUGGACCUGGACGAGUUCCUGCUCGAGAACGGAAUCCCUCCGGCGGCCAACUCCGCCGUGGCCACGGCUCUUCCCGCGGCAGCGGCCCCGGGACUGGGACCGGCUCCCCAGCCGCUGCCGUCCCCGCCUCUCCCCGCUCGGGCGCCGUCCGUGGGCGAUCUGCCACCGGGGCCGAGCGGCUGCCGUGCCAUCAACGUCGAUCCUCUUUCAUCGCAGCCGAGCGACGCGGUGCCCGGCAGCCCGGACGCUCCGCCGGACCACGAGACGGAGCCCGCGGAGCAGCAGCUGGUGCGCUCCUCGCUGACCCGCCAGGGGACCUUUGACCCCCGGCAAUGCAAGUUCUCCGACAUGGAGCUCAAGCCGCAGCCCAUCGUGAAGAAGGCGUGCAAGAGUCACGUGCCCGACGAGCUCAAGGACGAGCGCUACUGGGCUCGACGCAGGAAGAACAACACGGCGGCCAAACGUUCCCGCGACGCGCGUCGUCUCAAGGAGAAUCAGAUCGUGGUGCGCGCCUCCUUCCUGGAGCAAGAGAACGCCGCGCUGCGUCGUGAGCUGGCCGAGAUGCGCCGUGACCUGGGCCGCGUGCGUAACCUCACGGCCAAGUACGAGGCCCAGGGGGAGAGCCAUGGGGAGAGCCAUGGGGAGGCCCGGUGCUUGAGCGAGAUCGCUCAGAGCGGUGGUUCUUCGUCUUCUGCUUCUUCUGCUGCUGCUUAACCUGGGGGUGCACGUGAGACGUGGCCGAGUUUUUUUUUUAUUUUAGAAGGUAAAUCAUCGAAAACGCGAACUAAGCACGGGCACGCAAGCUCCAACUUACUUUGUUUCAUCAAACCCGAUGUAGUUAUUGACAUUAUAAUUUUUUUACGAUUGUCAAGGUUAUACGAACCACCGAGUUAGAUUAACGACAGCCUUGUGAUUCAUUAGCGAGCACGCGUGUGUGUGUGGUGUUCGCGUGCGAUGGAACGGUGGUGUAUCCGUCAGCGGGCCACGCUACGAACCUGACGACCCGAGUUCGAUUACCGCUCACGGCCAACACCGGUGACGAGUAUCCGAACCGGUCCUGGGCCCUCCCCUAGGUCGACUCAGCCUCAAAUGAGUACCUGGCUCGGUGUGGAAUAAACAUCGCUACUGGGGAGACAAAGGCGGCCGGGUGUGGUGCUGGCCACCCACCCCCUCGUGUGCCGUGCCGGCCUUCAUAGUCUGUUACAGGCGAUGCAGGAGAUCUUUGUUUAUCGGAAUAUUUCUACUGGAGGAAUUCAAUGAGCCAUGAAGCUCUUUUUUAAUCCUUUAUAUUAAGUU